AAGUGAGUGAAACUCAGACAGACUUGUGCCUUUUUCCACGUGUGUCAGUGUCUCAGUCACGUUGGCCGGACCACUGUAGCACCAUGAAACGACCAAAGUUAAGGAAAGCGAGUAAGCGCAUGUCAUGUGCCAAACGUUAUAAAAUACAGAAGAAGGUCCGUGAUCACACCAGAAAGCUGAGAAAAGAGGCGAAGAAGAAAGGGGUUAGCAAACGAGUGAAAAAGGAUUGUGGGGUUCCCAGCAGUGCUCCCUUCAAAGAGGAGGUCCUCAGGGAGGCAGAGCAGAGGAGGCUACAGAUUGAAGAAGAAAAAGAGAAAAAGAAACAAGCUGCAAAAGAGGAGCGAGCCAAGAAGAGGAAGCAGGAUAAGGAGUCUGCUUCGAAAGAAAAGGAACCCAAGGCUAAGAAAGCUCGACAGGAUGAGAAUGGAAAGCCGUCAGGGAAACGUUCUACCCCAGACAAGAAUUCAAAACAGUUUCUUUGUGGAGAAAUUAAUAAGGUAAUUGAUGCAUCUGAUGUUGUGAUUCAAGUCCUUGAUGCUCGUGAUCCUCUCGGGUGCAGGUGUCCACAGCUGGAGGAGGCUGUGCUACAGAGUGGCGGCAACAAAAAACUGCUCUUUGUUUUAAAUAAAAUAGACUUGGUACCAAAAGAGAACGUGGAGAAGUGGAUACAGAGUCUACAAAAGGUGUUUCCAGUGGUGGCGUUUAAAGCAUCAACACAGAUUAAGGACAGAGCAAUGGAAGCCACAAAGACCAGGAUUGUGGCAUCCAAUGAAGUCCUAGACAGUUCCAGAGGAGCAGUCUGCUUUGGAAAGGACUGUCUCACUGAGCUCCUCACCAGUUACGCAGCUACCACAGAGAAAGAUAUACUCAAAGUGGGCAUAGUUGGUUUCCCUAAUGUAGGGAAGAGCAGUCUCAUCAACAGUUUGAAGGAAGUCCGUGCCUGCAACACUGGGAUCAACAGAGGCACCACAAAAUUCAUGCAGGAGGUGCUCAUCUCAAGCACCUUGAAGUUAAUCGACAGCCCCGGAAUUGUGGCGUCGCCGUCCAACCCUCCAGCCUCAAUGGCUUUGAGGAGUCUGCAGGUGGAGGAGGGACAGGAGACUGUGUUGGAGGCUGUUCGGACUCUGCUCAAACAGUGUGACAAGACCCAGGUCAUGCUUCGGUACACCGUCCCAGACUUCAGAAACUCCCUGGAGUUUUUGGCCAUGUUUGCCAAAAAGCGAGGUUUUCUUCAGAAGGGUGGAGUCGCCAACACGGAGCAGGCAGCCACGGUCUUCCUCGCUGACUGGACAGGACCUAAGCUGAGAUACCACACUAAGCCUUCAGAGGACAGCUUACCUGCAUACCUGUCAGACACUGUAAUCUCGGACAUGCAGAAUGGCUGGGACCUGAGCAAACUGAAAACAGGGAAUGCUAUAACAUUGAAAGGUGUUAAAUUUCCAUACCCAUCCAGCAGCAUCAGCUUCGUCUCUAAAGGCCCGACUGCCGGUCUGCUUAAUGCCAGUGAAAUUGUGGAAGAGAAACCUGCAGCUAAAGUUGCACAGAAAAUAGAGAUGGCGACUGAUGAGCCUGAACAAAUUCCUGAGGAACCAAUUGUAACCGAAGAACCAGAGAGACCGGAGCAGACAUCACUCAAAAAAAAAACCACAAAGGUGCAUUUUCCCGUCGACGUCAACCUUUCUGCCGCUACGGCUUCAGCAGACGACGCCUAUGACUUCAACACAGAUUUUAAAUGAGCUUCAUUUGUCUUCUGACUCUCAACUAACGCGCCUGUGUGUGGACGCAAGAUGCAGAUUUGGACUUGGGAAAACCCACAUUACAUGACUUGAGCUUCGUUGUCAGUGUGUGGUUUAUAUCUGGAAAACAGCUGGAGUUUUCUAAAUGGAAGUUUAACCUUCAUUGAGUUUAUCAUUGACUGUAGGAGACAAUCAGUGGCUGUGUUUUAUCACUGACGUCUCCUUUUAAAUGUCCAGAGGUCAUUCACAGCGUCUUGUGUCCCUGCAGAAUAAUGUAUAUAAGUGAUUUACUGUAAAUGUAUUAAACCCUCUAUGUCUAAACGUC